GUUCCAUUAUAUGUUAGUGGCCAAAGGCACAGACAGACUUGAGGGAGACAUUGGCAGUGUCUCAGGGCAGCACAGGCACAACAGCAGCACGGUCGGUACUUCACGGCGAGAGGUCGGUGAUUCCGAGGCCAGGUGGGCUCUGAGCUUUCGAGGGGAGGAGGUGGAGGAAGCAGAGCUGGAAUCAUCUGUCUCUAUCUCGCACCCUCGUGGCCGGGAGAGCGCGAGGUUAGCGGAGGAGCUGAGGUUAAAGGAAGGGCAGGGGACGGAGGAGCCGGGGAGCGUGAGACGUAAAUUCACUGAGUGUCUAAAGGCUGCGGAUGGCACCGGGCUUAUCGUGGUGGAGGAGGAGAGCGGAGCCAGCAAUCAGUCUGAGAGCAACUGGCCAUACGUAGUAGAUCCCCCUGGAGAGCGGGAGGCGGCCCGGUCCCCCACACGAGAGCCUGAGACUCAAGAAGCUCUCGGGACCCCCACACGAGAGGCCGAGACCCCCACACAAGAGGCCGGGACCCCCACACGAGAGGCCAAGACACCCACACAAGAGGUCGAGACUCCCACACAAAAGGUAGAGACUCCCACACAAGAGGUCGAGACCCCCACACAAGAGGUCGAGACCCCCACACGAGAGGCCGAUACCCCCACACACGAGGCCAAGACCCCCACACAAGAGGUCGAGACUCCCACACAAGAGGUCGAGACUCCCACACAAGAGGUCGAGACCCCCACACAAGAGGUCGAGACCCCCACACAAGAGGUCGAGACCCCCACACGAGAGGUCGAGACCCCCACACAAGAGGUCGAGACUUCCACACAAGAGGUCGAGACUCCCACACAAGAGGCCGACACCCCCACACGAGAGGACAAGACCCCCACACGAGAGGUCGAGACUCCCACACAAGAGGUCGAGACUCCCACACAAGAGGCCGGGACCCCCACACGAGAGGCCGACACCCCCACACGAGAGGCCAAGACCCCCACACAAAAGGUCGAGACCCCCACACGAGAGGCGUCGUUGACCAGGAUACGAGCAGAAGGACCGGCAGGAAGGCGACAGGUGGGGGAGCAGGGAGUGCGAUUACACACAGCGAGAAUGCAGCCAACGGAGCUGGGGCUGAAGGUGGAGCCGGCAGAGUUGGCCCGGAAGUUACUGCAGAGACGGGGGUUUCUACAGCACCUGUCGGUGGCCUUCGACGACACGGAGUACGAGCCGUAUGGGCUGCCGGACGUGGUGCAGAAAGGUUUUGGGGAUAUUCCGGCCGGGCCCUCCUGCCCCCACGUCCUACGCCGAGCUCUGCUGAGCAGCCUGUCUGUGCCAGAGGAGAGACCAGCCUCCCUGCCCACCAGCCAGAACCUCGCCAACGGCAAAGUGGAACAGUGAGAGAGCAAAGGUAUUCACUGAGCGGGAGUCUGACCACUCCCCCCCCCACCCCCACC